UUGCGCGCCAAUUGGACGACAGGCAAACUGUGGUCUGGAGAGAUGACAAUCUUUACUAUGAAGUAUUACUCGUGCGCUAUCGCCUGCUGGGCGCUGCUGGCUGUGGUCGGGCGAGCGACGCCGGCGAAGAUCGAAGGCCUGGAACAGACGCAGGAAAUUGACGAUGUGAACGACCGGGAUCCUCGACCGCUCUUCCAGUUCAUCACGAUUUCUCCCGACAUAUGCACCACAACUGCCAACACGCAAGGAAUUUGUUACUCGGCCACCGACUGCACCAACUUGCAGGGCACCGCAAGCGGCACCUGCGCGGCGGGCUUCGGAGUUUGCUGCACGUUUACGCGCAAUUGCGACUCGUCCACGAACGUCAACGGAACGCUAUUCCAGAAUCCAGAAUAUCCAUCGGCUACAACCACUGCUCCUGGUUCUUGCAAACUAACAGUUGUUCCUGUCAAUGAAAAUAUCUGCCAGAUUCGUUUAGACUUGAUGGAAUUCACUCUAGCUCAACCCGAUGAGAACGGGGUUUGUGCCGACGACUUCCUGCAAGUGACUGGGGGAACGACAACUAUCCCAGCGAUUUGUGGACAAAAUAAUUUACAGCAUA